AUGUCUACAGCCUCUAUGCCACUGAAAUUCUGGUUUCAUGCUGUCUACACAGCUAAUUUUCUUAUAAAUAGGAUGUGUACCGAAGUGUUGAACUGGGAUUCUCCGUACAUCAAGCAUGUAAUCUUUGAUAAGAAUGUCUUUCCUUUUGCUACAAUCAAGGCUAACACUGUCAAUCCUCUCACUAUGCCCCUUUCUUCUUCCGUCACUCCUUUAUGUACUUCUCCAACAAUAGUUGACCUGUCUCCAACAAUUACUGCUUCUAUUCAUGAUCAUCAUGGUGAAAAUAUUAGUGACAGUGGUGGUACAAGUGAUAAUGCACUAGUUGGUAUUAAAGGAAAUGGUGGUGUAAGUGCUAGUGAAGGCAAUGGUAUUGAUGGGGCAAGUAGUAAUCCAGAUAAUGGUAAUGAUGAACAUGGUGUUGGCAUUGCUAGCAGUGGUGUUGAUGAAGGGAAUACACACGAAGGAAGUAAUGACAAUGGUAUUUCCAUCCCUAUGGAACUUCCAUUGACCAUUCCACAUGCUAAUGUGCAUCCUUUGAUUACAGGGUCUAAGGUUGGGGUGUCCAAAGAAGAAGAAAGCAUUUGCUGCCUCAAAAAAUGUGUUCUUUGUGAUCUCAAGCUCCAAGGAUGA